AUGACUAUCUCCAUGGAUAGAGGGGAAGCUCUCCAGCAGGAGAGAGACGGAGCCAUUACUGUGAUCUGCAGGUAUUUGAUUGGGUUUCUGGUGUUUCUGGGAUUGACGGUGGCCAAUUUUGUGGACGUGCCUCAGGUUGCUGAUCUUCUCGGCCUAUUCCCAAGGUCAAACUCUACUAGUACAGGAAAUAAUAUCUCUUACUCAAAGGAAUUGCUUUUGGGUACAAAUUAUUUGCUGAACUUGAAUCAGAUAACAGAAGAAGAUUUGAAGAUCACUUCACUCCAACCAGCCGCAACACGGUGGCCGUUCUUUGUCUUCUUAGGCGGAUCCAUGUUCUGCCUCCUCUCAAGCAGCAUUUGCCACCUUUUCUCAUGCCACUCACACUGCUUGAACAUCCAGCUGCUGCGAAUGGACUAUGUCGGCAUCACGGUCAUGAUCAUCACCUCAUUCUUCCCCCCAAUCUACUAUAUUUUCCAGUGCGAGCCCCAUUGGCAACUAAUCUACCUUAGUGGAAUAAAGGCGAUGGGGAUGGUCACCGUCACGACACUGCUUGCCCCUUCUCUUUCUUCUGGGAAAUUCCGGGCAUUUCGGGCAAUGCUCUUCCUGUCCAUGGGGUUAUUUGGCAUUGUUCCUGCGAUCCAUGCUUGUAUUGUGAAUUGGAGUAAUCCCCAGCGCCCGAUCACUCUUGCUUAUGAGUUGGCCAUGGCACUGUCUUACAUUACAGGUACUUUGUUUUAUGUUAGCAGGAUUCCUGAGAGACUAAAACCGGGUUGGUUUGACCUUGCUGGUCACAGCCAUCAGAUAUUUCACGUUUUUGUGAUCAUGGGUGCCUUGGCUCAUUAUGGUGUUACUCUGUUGCUCUUACAGUGGCGAGAUAGAGUCGGGUGUGAUAGAACUGUGUAACAAUACAAAAAUUAGUCAAAAUUCUAUUCAUUUCGAUUGAACCAAAUGCAAGCGAUUUGCUGGGGUUUCGUGUUAUUAUGUUGUAAGUGUGUGUACACCCCAAAUCAAAAAGCCUCAAGGAAAGAUGGCGCCCCAUGACAGAGGAGUUGCCUCCAUUCAAAAAGAAGUGGAAUGCUCAUUGUAUUUGUUAUAUUUUUCUCAUUUUCCAUGGAUGAUUUGAUUUACAAUGUGAUCAUAUUCGGGUAAUAAUCUUUUCUGCUUUCAUCUU